AUGGAAGAAUUCGACGCCGAAAAAGCCUUGGAGGAGAGCGCAUCUGACGGUGAUGACGUCAGUACCGAGGACCUGGACGAGUUCGAGCUCAAACUCGUCGAAAAUCACCCCGAGUUGGCUCUCGCCGUGUGCUUGAUCGACCAGGAGCUGGAGCAACAGGAACAGCAGGGUCCCAGCAAAAAGUUGGUCUUUUUUGUGAUUUUGCUGUGAUUUUUGUGAUUUCUGUGGUGAAAGGUUGAAACAAGGUCGAGAGAAAAUGUUCAAGUUUCGAUUUUAAAUAUAAAUUUUGAGGAUCGUAUCAACUGAUAAGUUUUACGGAAAAGUCUGAAAAUUGAGCUUUUAUUCGUAGAUUUUUCAUUAGUGAUUCUGUAAUCUGGAACCCAAUCUCAAUAAGUUUUCCUAUUAAAAACAAAAAAUGACUUCAAUUUAAUGACAUUCAAGAGACAGACUCAAAAAUUAUUCCGAUCCUCGUGAAUUUACCUCAUUCUUUUUAUCCGCCGUAAAAAGCUGUCGGGAAUAAAGUUCACCUGAAUUAAAAUAGGAAUUUCAAAAACUUGAAGUUAAAAAAAUGGUUCCAAAUUUAAUUCGACGAUGCGCAAGAACUUGAUAGUUUUCCGGACGCUUUGAAGAAUUCGAUAAGGGAUUUUUGGCAAUAAUGAUCAUUUCUCAAAGCAAAAAAACUUUGGUUUUAGUGAAUUUUUUUGAUUAUAGACGUAUUUUCACUAUUUUUUUCACUUCUUUCGUCGUCGAAUUGAAAUUAAGUCAGGCAGCAGAAGCGAGAACGUGUCGAGCGAAUAGUCGCGAUGACUGAAGGAGGAGCGGAACUGUUGACGAAAAAGAAGGGAAAACGGAAAGAAGCUUGGUCUGUCAACUUAUUUAUUUAUUUUCUAUGGGAUCGUGGCAUUAGGGUAAAGUCGGAAUGGUGGAUAAUGGCCGCUGAAAGGGAGAGGCUCAAAUAGGCAAAAAUGAAGCAAAAAUAGUCCCUUCAUUGAGCUUUUCAUUUUUCUGGGCAUUUAUAGGCUCCAGAAAUGGUAGAAAAAGGGAGAGGCAGCAAAAAUGGUGCACAAGAACUGGCGCAAAAAGGCAGAAAAUAAGAGCCUUUGUCACCCUAAAAGGAACAUUUCUAUGGAACCUUUUUCCACCCUUUCCGAUUUUGCCCAUAUACGAGGAUUUUUUCCCAGUUGAAGUUCAUUAUACUCUUUAGGACCGUGCUUUUCGAAGCACUUGCGGCGAUUUCAGAAAUCGGCCCUCUGGCACUUUUGCAAAAGGCGAUCAAAAGUCAGAGGAAGGUCCAGGUACUCGGAAAUUUAUUAGGAAAGAAGAAAUAGUGAUGCAAAUUUCGAGAUACGGGUCCGAAGUGCGGUUCGAAUCGAUCGCGUUUUUCAAGGCGUUCCGGUACUUUUCGACGCUCACAUCAACGUUUUACUGAAAGACGUGGUCGAAACGGUCCUUCUGGGCAGGUUUCCUGUUUCUUCUAUUUUUUAAAACUUUUUCCGAAGUUUAGUCUUAACUUAUAUGAAUGAUGAAGGAUUCUCAAUUUUCAGAACUAUCCCCACCAAGAAACUUAGGAACGCUAGAGAGGUUUCUGUAGGGGAAGGUGAAGUGGUCCCUAGAGGGCAACUUUCAAGGACCCUUAACGUUGCCCCUAUAGUGACCACUUCUGCAAGCUUUAGCGUCCACUAAAGGGGAGGUGAAGGGAUCCCUAGAGGGAAACCGUUAAGAGCUCCUAAGGUUGUCCCUAUAGUGACCAAUUCUGCAAGCUUUAGCGUCAACUAAAGGUCGGGUAAAGGGAUCCCUAGAGGGAAACCGUUAAGAGCUCCUAAGGUUGUCCCUAUAGUGACCAAUUCUGCAAGCUUUAGCGUCCACUAAAGGGGAGGUAAAGUGGUCCCUAGAUGGAAGUUCCUUUGAAGUUUAGUUUUAACUGAUAUGAACAAUGAAAAGCUCGAUAGCGCAAACCGGACGCGCUCCGAUUAUUUCUUAUUUUUUAAGGAUCACUUAAGAGUUUGACGCCGCUAAAGUGGUCACUUAAAAUGCACAGAAACGUCCGAGGUCCUAGAGAGCUUGGAAACGCCAGAGUGGUUCCUAUAGGGGGUGGUAAAAAGAACCCUAUAGGGGAAACUUCAAGGAAAUUUGAAAACGUGGCCACUUUGUUGGUCGGAAUGCCCCACGGCACAUUGCGGGGGCCUCCGGGCGACCUUAACCGCGAAGUCCGCACGGGCUGCCCGGGUUGCCCCGUCCCCUCGUCAACUACGGCCUAAAGGUAUUGAAAGAAGAACAAAAAUUCAGACAAGAACAACGACAAGUGUCCCAACGUCGUGACCUGAACAGCAGACUACCCCCGUUCCUCCGAUGGAAAGACGGCGGAAAUUGGCCGUUGCCCCGAGGUGCCCAUCAUCUCGUUCAGCACCGUCGAACCCCCACCGCCUUCAUAAAAGGAGAUUCAGUCGUUCUCAUCUCCUUAAUUUGA